CGUUAUUUCUUUACAUUCCAGCAUAAUCCAAGUAAAUCUCUAAACUAUCUCUGUCGCUCUUAAUCUAUACAUUCUUUCUCUUUCUAAUCAUAUGAUUGAGCGUACAUUGAUACCUCCUCCUACUCGCUAAAUACUCAUCGAUGCGCCUGCUACAUGAGAGAAGUGGACACACAUCCAGAAGGGGAUAUCACUGGUUCCAGCUAGAACCGGUCGAAUGUGCGAGUCAUACAUACAAUUCACACAAGCUUGGAGUCUCUCUCCUUUUUUCUCAACUAUAUACACACGUCACGAGUACGGCGCUGACGUCGCAGUGUGCGGUAAUAAAUGUGUGUCGCGUGUGCGUGAUGCUCGUGCGUGUGCGUCACGAUUCGCGGGUGAUCACCACGCACGGGCGCACAUACGAAUCUGGAUCGUCGUGAAACGCGAGUUGACGACGACGGUGUCGUGGAUGCUGCUUCGCAGUUUGAAGAUCAUUUCGCGCUCGGUCGGAGAAAAAAAAAGAGAUAAGGAAGGAAAGAAGGAAAAAAAAUAGUGAAAGUGCAUAGAGAACAAAUACGCGAUCUUUUUACGUCGAUAAUACACGUGUGCAUAUAGUGAACACAUGUGCGUGUAUAUAUGUAUGUGUGUGCAUAUGUGUGUUUAUGUGCGUAUCGGUCUCGUUAUCACUUGAAUGAUACGCGGAUGAGUUUUGCUCGAUUCGUUGAGACUCGCCCGAUUUGCUCGAGACACGCCGUGAUCUGACAGAGGUCGUCAUGCGAUCAUGAACACCGAGAGCGGCAACAACACUGACAGCGGUGUCAGCGGCAGCAUCAGUGACGAGCCGCGUGACAGCGCCAAACUCAUUCAGCCUAGGCACGGCAAUGUCGUCCACGUGCGUAAAAUGAGCGCGAUGCCGGAAGAGGAGGAUGUCGCGUCCGACGACACGGAGCCGGACCGUCAGAGGCCUUCGGAGAUCGAGUCCGCCGAGUGGUCCUCGGAGGAGAGAGGUCGCUUGCUGCAUUCCGCCGUGCGGAGGAUCGUCGCGUCUACGGAGGGAGCGGACAAAGCUGUCAGAGGGACGACGAGUCGCGAUGACAGUCCCGAGCGCGUGCUACGGAACAACGGUGGUCAACAUCAGCAUCAUCACCAUCAUCAUCGGGGGCCGCGAUGCCGGCCGUUGAUGCUCGACCGGACCGAGUCCGGAUCGAGUUCGAGUCGCGACAACGGAACCCCGCAGAGUCCCGGCGGACUCAGCAUCAGGAGCAUCGAUCAGCCGUACCUGGCGCGACAUCAUCAUUGCUUUAACGCGCGUUAUUCGCCGAGGAUCCCCAGCUCCGUCAUGGACGAGAGUCAGCAGCGUUGCUCCUGCUGUCAGCAGUCCUCGCCCACCUGGCAGUCCAUCCUGUACGCCGAAUCCAACGGGAGUAAUCAGCUCGUUAAUCGCUCGUUCCCUGAUACGGUCUCGAUCAAGUCCCUGGCGUCGAUCGGCCUGGGCUCCUCGGACGGCCGGAAGCUGACAAUACGUAGAGUUCCCACUUCGCCGUCGGAGCUGCUUAACGUGGUACAUCCGCCGCCUUUCGAGGAUGACGUUUCUACGUGUGCCAGCUAUGACGACGGGGAUGCGGACGAUUCUGGUGAUUAUCGGCAACCCAGGAGGCCCCAUUGGGCGAAUAAAGUGCAAUUUGUGUUGGCCUGCAUAGGUUACUCCGUUGGUCUCGGCAACGUUUGGAGAUUUCCUUAUCUAUGCUACAAGAGUGGCGGUGGUGUGUUCCUCGUGCCUUACUUUUUAAUACUCGUAGUAUGCGGAGUACCAUUGCUGUACAUGGAACUCAGCAUCGGACAGUUCACUCGUCGCGGCCCAAUCGGCGCUCUGGGUCAAGUGUGUCCGUUAUUGAAAGGAGCUGGUCUGUCGUCGGUUGUGAUAUCGUUUCUGUUGUCUACCUACCAUAAUGUGAUAAUAGCCUACGCAAUUUAUUAUUUCUUCGCGGCAUUCCGACCGGAUCAACCAUGGUCGCGUUGCGACAACUCGUGGAAUUCGCCGCGCUGCUGGUUGCCCACUUACGGAUUCAUCGAUAAUCGAACUCGACCGAAUUCGACAAGGACGCCGUCCGAGGACUUCUUCGACAAGAAGGUCCUGCAAAUUAGUAGCGGUAUCGAAGAGCCAGGAAUCGUGAGAUGGGAACUUGUAGCGUGCUUGAUAACCGCGUGGAUCCUGGUAUAUUUUUCCAUUUGGAAAUCCAUCAAGUCAUCAGCACAAGUAAGGUAUCUCACAGCAACAUUGCCUUUCCUCCUGAUCGUCGUCUUCCUCACGCGUUCGCUUACCCUGGAGGGCGCCUCGAAAGGUCUGCAAUUCUUUUUUCAUCCACGCUGGGAAUUGCUCGGUGAUGCCAAGGUCUGGGUAAACGCUGCGGCGCAAGUCUUCAAUUCUAUAGGUAUCGCCUUCGGAUCGAUGAUAUGUUUUGCAAGUUACAACAGAUUUCACAACACAGUUUUGGUAGACACCAUUGCUGUUUCUUUGAUAAACGCCUUCAGCAGUUUACUGGUCGGAAUAUUCUCUUUCGCCACGAUCGGCAAUAUAGCGUUGGAGCAAAACAUGUCUGUCGAAGAUGUCCUGACUGACGGACCUGGUCUAGUCUUCGUCAUCUAUCCCCAAGCCCUAGGCAAGAUGCCAGCUUCUCAACUCUGGGCUGUACUAUUUUUCUUCAUGCUGGUCUGCCUUUCGUUGAAUAGUCAAUUUGCUGUUGUUGAGGUGGUCGUUACGUCGAUCCAAGACGGUUUCCCAAAAUGGGUGAAGCGUCAUCUCCUCUGUCACGAAGUGCUGGUUCUUCUUAUAUGCGUCGUUUCGUUUUUAUGCGGAUUACCAAAUAUUACACAGGGUGGUAUUUAUUUCUUCCAACUGAUAGAUCACUACGCUGCGUCGAUGUCCAUUAUGUUUUUGGCGUUCUUCGAGGUAAUCGCUAUCUCUUGGCUUUACGGUGUACGACGAUUGUGCAAUAACGUUAAAGAAAUGACCGGACGUUUGCCCUCGAUGUACUUUCGGUUCUGUUGGUUCCUCGCUGCACCUCUACUCAUAAUGGCCGUAUGGGUGUUCAGCUUAAUUGAUUACGAGCCGCCGACCUACCACAAUGGUGACUACACAUAUCCAUGGUGGGCAGAGGCAAUUGGAUGGGGCAUCGCGUCUCUCUCCUUAAUUUGCAUUCCCGCUUUUGCCGUUUACAUAUUCGUCCGAGCGGAUGGUGUCACGUUCGCCGAGAGACUCAAAAAUUCCAUCAAGCCGCAUUUUGAAGCGUGCAAAGUUUGCGGUCAGGAAUACUGCAUGGAGCCUAUGCACAAUCUGGAUGAGGAUGACAUUCUUAAGGAAGCUCAAACAGACGUGAAUACUUCCAUAAAAUUAAAUUCGCAUUAUCUACUAAAGCCUCAGAUGUGAUAACGUAAUGAAUAUAAGAGCAAUUAAAUUUUCAUAAUUACACUUAACUCGUGUCUGCAAGUUGAAAUUGUUUCAAGAAGUAAUUAUUCAACAAAAGAUGUCAUUUACUCACUUUUAUUUUCAUCACAAAUCAUUACAACAGUUGUUGCGCGACAAUUAACAUUCCACUAUUUAUAGCUCGUUAUAAAGUAUAGCAAUUAUUUGCAAAAGAGUCAUUAAGAUAAGAUUAUAUAUCUGUUACUAAUGUUAUUUUUAUUGUAUAAACUAUUGUUCUUUGCGCCAAUCGUGUGAUAAAUUAUAAACCAGCACUGAUUGAAAGUAGGAGCAUAUACCUGUAUACAUCGCAAUCAAUAUAUGUGAAACAUUGUUAACCAUAUAACUUUAAUAAAUUAUGUAUUGUCCAAAAAUGUA